UGUCAGUCAGAACAGAACGUGUGUGAAAACGGUUGAAUCUCAAACGGUUUAUACCGCUUUAAUACUAAACGCUUCAGCCUUAGAACAAACAUAGAACUCCUUAUUAAAUAAGGAGAGUACGAAUUUGACGAUUCCCGUCAAAGAAAGAGAGGAUUUGAAACAAAACACUGAGCUUUUUCCUCUUCUGUCGUGUCUCGCACUUCCUGCUUCUAUUUGUUUACGUACCGCAGUUCUCGACAGCACAGCGACGUCGCUGUAUGUGAAUAAACGAGAAGGUGAUUAAAAAAGAAAGGAAGAGAGAUAGCAAGUGGGGCUCAUCUAGUCCUUCUUAUCCGUCUACACGUCUGCUGUGUCCAGUUGGACCAGGAGUGAGAGUCUAAUGCCCCCAGAGGAUGAGCCCGGCCAUCGAAGGGAUGCAGACAGAGCAGCAGAGGUUUUUGGGCAAAGGGGUGCUGCUUGAGCCCUUUGUACAUCAGGUGGGGGGACAUUCGUGUGUGCUUCGCUUCGGCGAGCAGACGAUAUGCAAGCCUCUCAUCCCCCGGGAGCACCAGUUUUACAGAAGCCUCCCUUCGGCUAUGCGGAAGUUUACACCGCAGUAUAGAGGUGUGGUGUCGGUAAGUUUCGAGGAGGAUGAGGAAGGGAAUUUGUGUCUUAUUGCAUACCCUCUGCACAGUGAGCUUGGGGACCUGGAAAACAUGAAUCCCUCGGCCGAUCUCGAGCCCAAACAUAAGAAGAAGAAGAAGUGGGUUAGCAAGAUGCUGCUGGACAAUGAGAGCUACAGCAAGGACAGAUCCAGACAUGGUCGCAAGGAUAAAGACAAGAGUGUGAAACGCGAGGAGGAGCUGGAGUGGCUCCAGAAGGCUGAAGUACUCUACUACAGCCUGGAGAGGAGCAAUGCUGCUGGCCUUCAGCUCAAGCACAACCCCUGGAGCCUCAGGUGCCACCAGCAACACUUGCAGAGGAUGAAGGAGAAUGCGAAACAUCGCAACCAAUACAAAUUCAUUUUGUUGGAAAACCUUACGUGGCGCUACACAGUUCCAUGUGUGCUUGAUUUGAAGAUGGGCACAAGGCAGCACGGGGAUGACGCAUCCGAGGAAAAGAAGGCAGUGCAGAUCCGAAAGUGUCAGCAGAGCACAUCAGCCAGCAUCGGAGUCCGCCUCUGUGGCAUGCAGGUCUACCAUUCAGACACGGGGCAGCUCAUGUUCAUGAACAAGUACCACGGCCGUAAGCUGACCCUGUCUGGCUUCAAAGAGGCCAUUUUUCAGUUUUUCCACGACGGGAGAUGCUUAAGACGGGAGCUCCUGUCGCCAGUGUUACGGAGACUGCGCGAGAUGCAAGCAGCCCUGGAGGACUGCGAAAGCUACCGAUUUUAUUCCAGCUCGCUCCUCAUAAUCUAUGACGGAGACCCUCCACGAUCCCGCCGCUCCCCAGAGGAUGGGCUAUCAGAAGAGGAGGAAGAGGAAGAAGAUGAGGAGGAGGAGGAGGAGGAGGAGGAUGAAGAGGAGGAGGAGGGUGGUGCUUUUGGUUUCCCUCAUGGCGCGGGAGCUGCUAGCAACAGUGGAGCUUGCAGCAGUGGUGCCGUUAGCAACAGCUCCGCUGUGGUGCGACACAUGGCCAGGUCAGAAAGCGGCCCGAUGGUGGAUGUACGGAUGAUUGACUUUGCCCAUACCACAUGUAGGCAUUAUGGGGAGGACAUUAUAGUCCAUGAAGGCCAAGAUAGUGGCUACAUCUUUGGUUUGGAGAACCUAAUCACCAUCAUUUCCGAAAUAGAGGACCAUAGCUCAGAUUAAACCACUACUCCGCUUGCAGUCACUUUCUGAACAAACAGCAUGGUGUCAAAAUGGGGAAAUCAAGUUCAUCUCACUACUUCUUUCUCUUCAUAAUUCUUUCUAUCCUUUGAGAGAGGGAGUCAGUAAAUAGACUCAAAGCUCAACCUGUUUAUUUGUUUUUGUUGGUGUCUUUUUGCCAAUUUUGUUUUUGUGUGCAUAGAGGAUUAAAAAGGGUUGAGAAGCUAACACAUCACAUGACCUGUUUACUCCGUGAUUUGUAGCUUUGCUCACUAUCCCAGUGAACUGUUACGAUGUUGAUGCUGUUCCUCUAUUUGUUUUAUUUAUUAAAGGAUAAAACGCAAUGCAAAAGGUAUUUUCUGAAAAAGGAACUGACUGCGCUUAUUCCUUGAGAAGGUUCCAGAACGUGGAUUUGCUCUUGUUCCUGAGCACUCCCUAUUUGACGAGAAAGAACAGUAGGUGGAAGGAAGACUUGUUAACUACUGUAUCACUCUCCAAGAACGUCCCCUGCACUUUUUACCAUUGUGAAGAGAACUAUAUUCAGAUAGUUAGUUGAUCUACAGAGACUUUAAUGAAGCUUUAUUUAUUUGUCAUGUUUCCUAAAUAAACUUUAAAAAAAAAAAAGCAUUGAAAAAGUGAAUGGAGAGACAAAGACUACAUUCCAUGUUAUUAAUGUUACAAUAAUGAUAUUAAUAAAUAUGUUUAAAUACCUCUUAUGUAUGUUUGAGGCAAAAUAAAACUUGUUUGUGUUACAUUCUGAUUUUGUUUAUUUUAUUUUCAAGCAAUACGUGGUGUGUCCUGUCAGGUAGAGUUACAGUAAGUUGCUAAUAGUCCAUAAAGGCCAGCUAUACUGUCUAAAUUGUAGAUGCUGAACACAGCAAUAGAAAUCGAAAGAGUGAAGCUCAAAAUCAAUAUGCAUAAAACCUGUACUGAAUGAUUGGAUAAAGAAGACUAGAUGUUUACU